GUUGUGGACGGGCGCAGGCGCCCUGCUGUAAGAAAGGUAUCGCCCUUCCGUUAGCAUUGAGAGCUAACUGGCAGGUCUGGUUGGGGAAGAGGCUGUGCAGGAAGGAGACCUGCGCAGCCAGACAGAUAUUGGUGACUUCAGAUAUCCCCAGUUAAUCCUUGAGCUAACAAUUAUCCCUCCAUGCUGACCAGGAAAGGGAGAUAACGUUAAUAGCUUGGCACUGCCUCCAUCUAAAUUAGCAACCGACCAAGCCAGUUAAGGGGAGACCGCGUUUUGCUUUGAGGGGCUUCUUCUUUUUCUGGCAGUUUUCUGUUUAGGACAUAAAAAGUACCAACUGCAGCCUCACCUUACGAUCUUUCUAAGUAUGAGGUUGCCGAGUAGCAAACAUUUUCCGACUGAAGGAGAUGGAAAGAAAAUGGACCAACCUCCUCCGUUCAGAAACCCUUUUGUGCACGUCUUGAAAUUCACUCCACUGGAAAAGGCAAAGAUUGGAUUAAUGACGGUGACGCUAUUCCCUAUUCGUCUGCUCAUAGCAGCAUUUAUGAUGCUACUGGCUUGGCCUUUUGCCUUCCUUGCUUCAGUGGGGCGCUCUGAGACCACUGUUGAACCCCAGUGCCUCUGGAGAAGACUGGUGGACAUCAUCCUAAGAGUGAUCAUGCGGCUCAUGUGGUUUGCGGGAGGCUUUCACUGGAUAACUGUGAAAGGACAAAGAGCUCUGCCUACAGAAGCACCCAUCAUCACCCUGGCACCCCACUCCUCUUACUUUGAUGCCAUCCCCGUCACAAUGACAAUGUCCUCGAUAGUCAUGAAGGCUGAGAGCAAGGAUAUACCCGUUUGGGGAACUUUGAUAAAAUACAUUCGGCCGGUGUUCGUAUCCCGAUCAGACCAGAACUCAAGAAAGAAGACAGUGGAGGAGAUCAAGCGGAGAGCUCAUUAUGGGGGAGAUUGGCCUCAAGUCAUGAUUUUUCCAGAGGGGACCUGCACCAAUAGAUCCUGUCUAAUUACCUUUAAGCCAGGAGCUUUUAUCCCUGGUGUUCCAGUACAGCCUGUUGUGAUUCGCUACCCCAAUAAACUGGACACAAUCACAUGGACGUGGCAAGGACCAGGAGCUUUUAAGAUCUUGUGGCUGACUCUCUGCCAGUUGCACAAUGAAUUUGUGAUAGAGUUCCUUCCCAUUUACACCCCUUCGGAGGAGGAGAAAAGGAAUCCUGCUCUCUUUGCUGUCAAUGUGAGACGAGUCAUGGCCAAAGCCCUUGGGGUACCUAUCACAGAUUAUUCAUUUGAAGACUGCCAGCUGGCGAUGGCAGAGGGCCAGCUGAGGCUGCCGGUCGACACCUGUCUGUUGGAGUUUGCCAAGCUUGUCAGGAGACUGGGGCUGAAACCCCAGAACACCGAGAAGGUUUUGCAGGAAUACGGGAACAGAGCCAGAAAGCUGGAAGGGCAGAAACUUGCCUUGGAAGACUUUGCUCACUUCCUCGAUGUCCCAGUUUCAGAUAUGCUGCGCGACAUGUUUGCUCUUUUCGAUGAGCAUGAUGAUAACAGCAUGGAUAUCAGAGAGUAUGUGAUAGCCUUAUCCGUCGUAUGCAGACCUUCCAAAACUCUGGAAACAAUGAAAUUGGCUUUCAAGAUGUUUGAGGCAGAGGAAGACAGUGCCAUCACAGAGAGCGAGCUGGCGGUUGUGCUGAAGACUGCUUUAGGAGUGACUCACCUCAACGUGUCCCGUCUGUUUACGGCUAUCGACGUCGAUGACACGGGCAAGAUUACAUUUGAUAAGUUCCGAGGUUUUGUGGAGGAGAACCCAGACUUUGCUGAUGACUAUCUUCACACUGGAAGUGUAGGUCCUCGGAGUGGACCUUGUCAGGAACACCACACCCAGACCAACCCAUCGACUAUAAACCUGCAAGGCACUGCCAACAGCAAAACAGCCAAUGGUAUCUGUCCCGACUUCAGCCCUAAAGACCAUGACAGCUUAGUAGAUGCACUCAUAAAGAAACACAACUGAUAGAGUAGAGGGAGCAGGGCCUCUCCUGGUGAGAUGGAAUUCUGUAAGGGGCAAUAUUGGUUACCUUGUCGUACCUUUUUCACACAGUAAGGGACAACAUUUCAUUAAACACAAACAUAAAAUGAAGUUUACCCUUUCUUAUUGGUGUUGUAUCCAUGAGGUUCUUUUCAUUUCAGUCUGUAAACGACCUUUUUUUCCCCCCCAAAGGAAGAAUUGUCGUAAUGCCAAAUACUGGCUUUUUUUGGGAUACAGUGCUCAAAUACUUGAAGGGCAAGCACUUAUUAGGAUUCUUGGGGUCAAUUUUAAUUUAUUUUUACUUGUUCUCCCCUGCCGCUGCAUGUUUUUAACACAAAUUUACCGAGACGCAAACAAUCUCUGGAUUGUAUAGAGAACACAACUUUUUGUGAAAUCUAUUUUUUUGUUUUGUUCUUGUAAUGUUUUAUCCAUUUCCUCUCUUUAAUGGUAGCUGCCUUUUGAACUUUUAAAUGAAAAUACAGAAUAAAUGGGCUCAUGUUAUUUCUGUGAAGGAGGAAGGCCCGGGGGAACCGGUGAGGAAUGGCUGGAAGCUCCAAGCUUCAGCAGCCGUAUUUGAGGUUAUCUCGGGUCUCUGAACUUCGACAAUUAUAACUGCUAUGAGUGUGUGUGUGUGCGCGGGCGCGUGAAUGUGUGUGUGUAAACACAGUGAUAUGAUUUAGCUCAGGGUUCAGUGACAAAAAUGGAAAAAUUAACAAUGAUGUCAUGGUUUUUGACAAUUUUUAGGUUACAUACAUGUAAACUGUUUUUCGCAACUGAUCUCUUGUGCUUGUCGCUUCAUAGUUUCAUACAGUUUUGGUUAUUUCAAUGUUUUGCUUCAUUUGAUAAUACACAACUUGGACCAAAAUGCAUUGGGUGAAAAAAUUAAGCACCUUUUUUUUUGUGUGUGUGUGUUUUUGUUUGCCUUUCAUGUAGGCAUGGGCCGGUAUAGGAUUCUCAAAAUAUACCAAAGCGACCACCCUUUCACUGUAUCACCAUAUUGAAAAAAAACAAAAAACUCAUCAAAUAGUUUUUUUGUUUUGUUCUGAAAGCAUUUUGAGGAGCGGCAGCACUAUAUUAUUCUUUCUGCCCCACAAAGCUGGAGGAAACUAAGGCUAACUAAACAAGUUUGAAUGCUAAGAGAUUUUUUUUCCUUCUCAUUCCAAAGCCAUAAUAUUUUAAGCAUUGGUAUAUGUUGAUACUAGUAACCGGCACAUGCCUACCCAGUCUUGCAACUGGUUAAAAGGGAUCAAAUUAUGGCAUCCAACCAGUGAAAGCAAACAAUCACCAACAUUUUUGGUACUUUCUUCUCAGUGUUGCAUUGUUGAAAGAAAAUUAUUAUUGAUACAGUCACAAUUUUCUGAGUUCUUAUACAUUUUUUUUUAAUUUCCAGUCAAUUUUGAAAUAUUUAACCUUUCAGAAUAUCCACCAUGUUUCUGAUCUUCACAAAAGGAAAUAUUUUCAGAUAUUUCAAAUAUUCCCGAGAACUUGUACCUGUGACCAGAAUAAAGAAGAGCCCACCUCUGUUAGCAUUUAAACCUCAUUCUGAAAAUGUAUUUGUAGGUUGAGCAGCAAACUGUCGUGCUAAAAUGCGUCAGUGAGCAGAGUUUAGUUUGAGGGACUCUGUACUCUUAGGAGUCCUGUACAUGUAUGAAAUAUAUUCAGAAUUAACCAGAAGUAAAGUGGAGCUACUUUUAAUAUUAAAACUAAAAAGAAGGAAGAUUUCAGACUUUUUUUUUUUUUUUCCAUCACAAUUUUAAGGAAGUUGUCGAUCUCUAAGAUUAGGUGGUCAUCUUUUUAGGGGUGCACUGAUUGCAGUGUUUUGGCCGAUUGCCAAUCUUUUAAAAGCCUGGCCUGCAGAAUCCAAUUUUGAUUGAUACCAAUUUUUCGUCAGAAAUGUUGCUAGAUAUAGCAAGAAAGCCGCUGAGUUGGAGACGGUGCAUAUAUGUCUGUCUGUCAAACCGAUCUCACUGCAGAGCAGUGACUGAUUUUUAGACCUUUGCCGAGGUUGAUAAAAUUGGUGGAUAAGAUUGGCUUCACACGAAAAUAUCAGACGAUCACCAAGCUCUCAAAAUUAAGGAAAUCUGCACCAAUAAAUCAUAUGGCCGAUAAAUCAGUGCACCCCUACGUAUUUGCGUUGUUUUUUUUUAAGACUUAAAAUCUAAAUAUUGGUUUAAUGAAGGUUUGUCUUAGUAACAUUAACAAAUGUUUGAAUUUCAAUUAUGCUAGUAUUUUAUGAAAAAACUUUAAAUAUACACGGCUGCCACCUACAUUUUUAUCAAACUUUAUUUACCUCCUUCAGAUUAUGCCAAUGAUGUUCACUUUUUAGUCAUUUUCUCACAAAUUUGUUUUUCUUUGUUCUACAGAAACUUUCAGUAUAACAACUUGUGUUUCUACUUCUCUUAAAUUUUACCCUUCUUUACACUCUGCCAUCUAUCAUCUAAUGGAUCAUAUUUAAAGGGAAAACCUUUAAAUAAAAAGCAAAGUAAAUCAAGUGAUUCACUUUGCUCUCCGUGUUCACCAUCAUUUCCAAAACUCUGUAAAUUUGUCAUGUUUCCAUUUCGUUCGUGACCUUGUAUCCUUUAUAUAUCCUCCUUCAUGACUUUGAAUAAAGCAAUAUUCCUCAUAUGUUUAGCCUUCUCCAGAUGAAUGCUUUUUAAAAGUUCUAAUAUGUAUUUUGAAUAUUCCAGAUGCGGGACAUUUUGUGAAUUUUUGAUAUACGUAUAUGAAUGAUUAUUAUUCUUUUCACUGCCAUGACAAAGAUCUGUGAUCUCCUCUGCUCUGCAGUUUGUAUUGAUCAUGACAAAUGAGCCACAUUUUUUUGUUCUCCUUUUUUUUUAAAUAGUCUUAGUUACUUUGUGCUUUAUUGCUCCUACACAGUAUAACAUUUUAUUGCUAUAUUAUUACUGGUGUCGCCAAGUCGACUGCUUAAGAACAAAAUGCAGAUUUCAUAUGGAAACCUAUAGCCUUGAUAGCUUCUACAGAAUUUUUAUGCUAAAAAGAGAAUGUACAGACAAUCUUGUCACAAUCAGAAGCUCUCAAUAGCGCUGAUCUCCAGUGGACAUUUUCCUGAGACGUCAUGGUUUUCCAGGAUUUGCUUUUAGUUUUUUUGUUUGUUUGUUUUGUUUGAGACGUGCAGGUUGAACUAAGUGCGAGUGCAUUGAGUGGUAGAGCCCUGAGGUGAUGCGCCACCACAUGACGGGCCGGGGUCACACAAACACUCCAGACUGCACACGCAUACAAACUAUCAUUUCCUAUGAUUUAUGACAAUCUUAAAGCAUUGUCCUGCUGUUACUUUUUUUUUUCAGAAUUGUAUGAAUUUGUGCUUGCACUUUACAGUGCUUUUAUUUGUGUAAACAUAAGGUCAGGAAGCUCUGAAGCGCAGUAAGGUCAUAGUUUACAGUAUUUCAAUUCACUGUUAACUUCUUUCCAUUGUAAAGGGAGCGCAGAGAAAAUUGAGGAUUGUAUUUAGUUCAGUUUAAGUUCUUCCCCUAACUCACCCUACUGUUCUUUGUCAGGAUUGUGAAAAUUAGUUGCCCAAAAUAAUUGUGUAAACUCAUUGGAGUUGGCAGUCAGGAAAAGGAUUUGAAGGACUUGAUUGUUUACACCCAUUAAAUGUUUCCAUAAAUAAUGCAGUUUAAAAGAACUCUGCUAUUGAUACAGAUGCUGCAUUUUAGGAAGAUAUUAUUGUAUUUGUAUACAAGCUGAAAAUCAGUGAAAUACAUUUAAGCAGAACAAAUUCUCAAAGUUUUGUCCCAGAAGAAAUAUGCUGUUUUUUUAAUUAUUAUUAUUAUUUCAACAGAAUAUAUGAUUAUACAUCCUCAGAUAUUCAAAACUAAACGUUUUUUAUUUCCUUUUUUUUUUUUUUUACAUUACUAUUUAAAAAGAGUAAUGUUUUGGGUUCAAUUUGUUUUUUAUUUAGUUUCCCUUGUUAUAAAUACCUCUGUAGAAAUGUAUCUUUUUUCUUUUUUUUUUUUCAAACAUGAACUCUUUGUGUGAGGAAAAUGUUCAACCUACAAGAGACAAACUUGUAUUUAUGCUAUUGCUGCCUGUCACAGUUUGUUCUGCAGUGAGCCUAAGAUGAAAGACUGGUGUACUCUUACAGAGUGAUAUUGUCUUUCUGAUGGCUUAUUGUAAGUGAAUCACCUGAAAUAUUUUGAGGUUCUUUUUUUUUUCUUCGUCUAGUUUUAUUUCCAGUCUUUUUCUAUAUCAAACAAGUUUUAUUUUAUUACUGCAUUUUGAUGCUAAAGAGUCAUUACAAAAAAAGCUAUUUUGAAUCUGUUCAUGAUGGCUAUUAUGUAACUUGUCAAUGUGACUCUUGGAUGAAAUUAAAGACAAAGUGUUAAUAUGCAA